AAUCUUGUCGUCCAUCUUUGUAGAUCGUCUACGGACUGAUCAUGGCGAAGAAGAAAGCUGCUACUGCUCCUGAGGCUGGAACUGAUCCUACUCCUCCGCCAGCCCCUCCGACAACAGUGACUCGGCGGCCUGACCCACCCGGCUCCUCGUCACUCCCCUCCUCCUCCUCCUCUGUAGGCCUAGAAUACUGGCUCGCCUACCUCUUCCUCGUGCACCUCCGUCUCCUCCUCUGUCUAGCAGGCACAGGAUACAUUCACCCGGACGAGUACUUCCAGAGCUCCGAAUCUCUCAUCGGCGAUCUUCUCUCCUCACCUACCUUGCGAACAUGGGAGUUCCAGCCAGAGAACCCCUGCAGGUCGAUGGCUAGUGUGCGCCUGUGGAACCUGCCACUGCUGCUCGUCGCGGGACUUUACAGAUGGGGAGGGGCGGUGCCUACUGCCCGCACUCUGUGGUUAACACAAAGACUUACUGCUCUCGUCCUCAGUCUGCUGGUGGACUUCUGCUGGCCGUACCUGAUUCCGAGGACGAGAGAGGAUAAGAAGGACAGCCGCAGGAUCAUGCAGGCUCGACUCCUCUUUGCCUCUAGUGGAGCCACACUGGCCUUCUUGAUCCGGCCCUUCUCCAAUGGCGUCGAGACGAGCUUGCUUGCGGCUUCUUUGGCAGUAGUGAAUGCUCUGCGGAGGCGUGCUGGCGCUGCAGAAGCCGGAGACCGGCAGUGGCACCUGCUCUCUGCGGGGCUCGGAGGCCUCUUUGCGCUGGGUCUCUUCACACGCUUCACCUUCGCCAUCUUUGCCCUGCCUGCUGGACUAUUCUACCUGCAUACCUGCUGGAACAAGCCGGUAGCUGGAAUCCGGAUACUAGGCCUCAUUCGGCUCUCAGCUGGCGCUGUAUCCGGCUUCCUGGUGACGGCCGUAGCGCACAUUGUCUACGACACCUUCUAUUAUCGUUCUCGUCUCGCAGCCAUCUCUGGUACUCUACCAGCGCCAUCGGGUCUAGUGGUAACUCCUUGGAAUGCACUCCAGUACAAUCUCUCCACAGAAAACCUCUCAGAGCACGGCAUCCAUCCUCGCUGGCUACACAUCGUCGUAAAUGCGCCUCUAAUACUCGGUGUGCCGAUGUGGAUCAGCUGUUUGACGCUACUCUACAAGCGCAUGAAGACAUUCGGCUCUCCCUCUCAAACAAGGCUUGAAGUACAGCUCCAAGAAUCUUCGAUCGAGCUACUCCAUCUCGCGACACUCUUCCUCCCCUUGGUCCUCCUCUCCAUCCAACCCCACCAAGAAGCGCGCUUCCUCCUCCCCCUCAUUCUACCGAGCAUUGCUCUCCUCCCCCAAAUCGCCCCGAAAAGGCUUGCCCUCUUCGCCUCCCUCCACCUGGUACAAGCAGCCAGCCUGGCCCUCUUCUUUGGAGUGCUGCACCAAGCAGGAAUCAUCCCGGCGUUAUUGAGGAUCAAUCAGGAAGUGCUGCACUUUUCGGGAGAGGUGCGGAUGAAUGCCGCCACGUUGCAGGCGUUGGCUCUGCAGGCACCUGGAGGAGGAGGAGGCAGCAGCGACGGACUCUGGUUGAGCGGACUGCUGAACACUUCGGCGGCUACGGCUACGGCUGCGGCUGUGGCUGCGGCUGCGAGCGUGGGUACGGGUACGGGUAAGGGAGGGGCUAUGCUUGUAGUGCAUGUUUGGAGGAGCUUCAUGCCACCUAGACAUCUACUGCUGCCCGCUAUAGCUUCCGCCGCUGGCGUUGGCGCUGGCGCUGGUUCUGCUCGACUGUCUCGAGUUACACUUAUAGAUCACGGUAGUCAGAACCCACAAGAGCUCCUUGCUGGUAUGUCCAAGCCAGCCAUAGAGCAGAGGGAGCAGCACCAGCAGCAGCAGCAGCAGCAAGGGCGGGAGGAGGAGGAGGAGGAGAAGUGGGGGGAAGAGCACCUUCUCCUUGCACCAACCUGGGCGCUGGACACACUUUCUUCCCUCCUCGUCCUCUCACCAAACUCACACACUGCAGCAGCUCGAUCAAGCCACACCUCGUUGCCGUUGCAAAUGCAGACCCUCGCCCUCCUCUCACCACACGUGGAUACAGAUCAUCUCAGUGAGAGUUGGUCCCUCUUCCGUAAAUACAAGCACGAGUACAAGCACCAGCACGAGCACGAGCACGAGCACGAGCACGAGCGCAGGUCCAAGGACGAGAAUAGCGGAGAGGUUCGUCAGGCAGCGGCAGAGGCAGAGGCAGAGGCAGAGGCAGAGGCAGAGACAGAGGCAGAGGCAGGGGCAGGUGCAGAGGUCGAAGCGAGCAGGUUCGCCCUCCUCCUCCCAGCAUGGGCAGAGGCGCUCCUCGCCCCGCUCAGGCAACAGUGGGAGGCUCUUUCCGCGGGAUUGGGGGAGAGUUUUGCUCUAGGCGUUGUGCAUGUACGUACGCACGCGGAGGGGGGAGGCAUGAGGCAUGAGGCAUGGGCGGUGGAUGACGACGGAGCAGACGGGAGACGGGUCGAGAAGAGAUGAGGAUAGUCGAGUGAUGUUGGGAAUUGCCUUCUGGAUUGAACGAAUGUGGUUGGGGGUAAAGGGUACGGUAUAGACGCUUCUGGACAAGACGGGACGUAAGAGGAGAGGACGAGGCGAUGACGAGGAAUUACAUGACGAUAC